AUGAAAGGUGUUGCUGGAGCAAGGACUAAGAAGUGAGAUGGAAAAAACACGAUUCAAUGCUUUGGUGACAUUCAAGAAAUAAAUUGGUGUUUUGAAAAAAACACGAAAAAAAGGGCGUUCCCAGGGGCGGAUCUAGGGGGAGGGUGCAGGGGGUGCCCACCCCCCCUGAAAUGACCUGCGGCUUUCUAAUUAACACUGUGCAGUCUGCUUCACAGUUAUACAAAAUCUGCUUUAUCAUUUGAUAUGUAUUCUCAGCAGUUCACAUUAUGUUAUUGCCUAGUCGAAAGCCUUCUUCUUCAUAUUCGCUAUUAAAAUUUGUUUACGUCACCAGUCAAUUACGCCAUUCCUUAGUGGUGCACCCCCUCCUACGAAAAAUCCUGGAUCCGCCUCUGGUUCCAGUUUAUUUCUUUCUUGUUGUUAAAGGUUCUUGUUGUUCUUGUUUUCUUGUUAGUUUCUCCUCUUUCUUUUUUGGUUUAUUUGCUUCACGUUUUCUCUAAAACAACCAAUCAGAAGGCGAUGAGCUUUAAAUUAUCCAAUCAGGGACCUACUUACGCGCUUUCCAGUGGCGGGAAUCUAUCUUCAACUUUGUAUAAUACUGAAAAGGAAAGAUUCCAGCAGAGUUUCAAGCUUUUAGUGUGUGAAGGACUUUUUUAGAAUCAGUUAACUGGCUCAUUAAUCAGGUUAUAAAUGAAUGUUAAUUUUUACAUCACUGAUUAGUUAAUUCUUCGAUAAACCACGUCAUAGGCAUUCUGUCAUUCUCCAUUACAGUGAAGGAGUUUUCUCGAAGGUAAAAAAUUUUAGCUUUGCUGUAAUGUUAGUUUCACUUCAUUUUAAAAGCUUUGUAGGCUUUAGACGUUUAAACUCAUUGUUAGCUCGUAAACUUAUAUAAGAUUAUGAAAUUGUCAGAUUGCAGUUAUACUACUAAAUCGUCCUUUUCUUCAUUCUUUUUUUCAAUAAGACUGACUUUCUCGACUAGUUUCUCCAUGCGCUUAAGGGCUUUAGAAUUUCUGCGAAGAUUUAAAUCUUGAGUAGAAGAAGAGUUCCAGUUCGUAAACUCGUAAACUUAGUUAUCCAAUGUUCCUUUUCUUAGGUUGAUAAACAUCCAUCAGGAACAUGGUGAGUACUUAUUCUUUGGCAAAAAGAUGCAAACGUUGAUUUAUAGCUGAAGAGAAAUCUGAAGUUUAGACUGCUAUUUAGAGUUAACUUUUCUGAAUAAUUUGUCAACUGCGGCUUACUUGUUGUCGCUGAAUUGCGGUUUUGUAAUCUAAACUGGGCAAAGACUUGGGCUGAAUUAAUUGAAACACAACAAUAAUGCAAAGUACCUUUUCAGUUCAAAAACCAUACGAUCGAACCGCUUUGUAUUGAGACCACAGGAAAGACCAGUUGUUGAAAAAGAAGCAGAUGAUUCAUACUUUUUUGCUCUUAGGUUUUUAAUAGAGGGAAGUGUUUAUAAGACAUGACCCAUUUGAUGAAUCCUUUUCCCUUCUUACGCCAAAACAGCAACUGAAAGAAAGGUUCUUCUCGCAGGGUGAGGGUAGUAGAAUGUCAUACGAACGUUCAACAAGUUAAAUGGUGGUAAAAAGUGUUAUUUACUUUCUAUUAAUAAAAAAGUCUGUAGCAAAACUAAUUUUUUGCAGAAGAAAGGCCGUUAUUUUCUGAGAAAAAUCGAAAAGAUUUUUUUUCUCUUUCCAAAACAUUAUGUUGAUUGGGUAAAGGGAGGUGAAAAAAUUUAUACGUCGGCAUUGCCUGACAAUACUUUUUGAAAAGGAGAUUUUAGCUUGAAUCGUUCCCAAAUUUAUAAAAGUAUAGUACUGAUUUAGCUAUUUCAUGGCGUACAAUUGUUUGAAUCAGAGCAUACUAAACUCAUACUGUUUAUAUUGUAGUCAUCUGGAGUAGAGGUUGACGAAACUGUUAUCGACGCAUUCAACGACAUCAAGUUAAAAAGACGGCAUGCAUACGUUGUGAUGAUGAUAAAAGACAACAAGAAGAUUGUUGUGGAAAAACUAGGAGAUAAACUGCCUCCGAACUGCAGUCAGUCCAGGAAUGAGGACAUUUUUAACGAGAUGAAAAGGGCAUUUGGGAUGGAACCGCGCUACAUUCUUUUCGACUUCUGCUUCACCCGAUCAAAUCAGACUGUUGCGCAGAAACUAGCGUUUAUCAGCUGGUAAGAAAUCUAUAACUCAUAAUCCGAAAUCAGUGUUUGUCUGAGUCAUCCUCGUUAUUAUUUACACGAUUUUUACGACAACAAACAACAAAAACAAUUCAUUCACACAACUGUUCAAUUUUAACAACUAGUGAAAUGCAAUUCAUGUACACUUCAAGUUAAGUGAAAUUAGGGGCAAUAGGAAUAGACAGAAAUAAAUGGUUUUUGCGGAAGUGUACGGUGGACAGAAGAGCAGAGCUUUCGCUCUGACCACCGCUUACAGGGAACAUAAAAUAUAGAAAGACAAGAAAUAGGAACUUUUUCCCACCGCUGAUGCCACAUAAAAAGCUAUUCAUUUAUUUAUUUAUUUACCAGCUAUUCUGGACACAGGCCUGCCCAGAGGGAAUGUGCACGAACGGGACUCAGGUCCCAUGCGAGGUGCCAUUCCUACUCAAUCCAACAACCCGUAACUAUGUUGGCCACACCACCGGGGUCCACUACCCCUACUCUUUUCCAAUAGUGAUGUGGAUUUUUUACGUUCCACAAGAACAAAUCCGUUAAAAUGCUGUGAGACGGGACCUACGGUUUUUCGUCCUUAUCCGAGAAGACUAGAAAGACUAACCAUUUGCAGAUGUCAUUACAAAGGCAGCACUUUCUUCUCAGUUAUUUAAAGACCCUUAGUGUUGGUCUGGCAGGGGUUUGAACCCGCGACCUCCCGCUCGGCACACCGGCGCUCUCCCCCGCCGCUCUCCCAACUGAGCUAACCAGGCGGCGGUUAUUCGUAGCUAUCACAAAAUUCUCUUAUCUGAUUAGCUAUCAGCAGCCCUGAUCUCAGAAUUAAUAGGACAGUGCGAUAGGACAGAAGGCGUCAUACCUAAGUAAUUUGACAAUUCGCGCCAUCCCGCGCGCGCUCUUGAAUCAAAAUGGAUUCUUCCGCUCAGUUCUUGGGUAGUUUUAAUCUCUCUCCCAUUUCCUAACCCUAACCUUUAACUGAGAACCUAUUCAAAUUUGCCCGGUUGACCGAGAAGACCCAUUUUCCAAGAUCUCACGUCACCGCUAAGACUCCACUAAACCUGGCCUGCGCCACAAAUGGAACUAAACUUCUAACAGGGAUUAGAUUAUGUGUCGGUCUGCGACGCAGGCUGCACUAAACCCUUUUGUAAAAAUUUUGACUUGUUAGUGUUAGGAUAGGAUAGGAUGGCUGGCUUGGUAGCCGAGGUCUCAGUUUUCCAAUCGGGAUCUGGGUAAUUGUGCUAGGAUAUUUUUCCAUUCAGCCCGAGUACCGAUAUGUGAAAGGACGCUCCUUGUCUAUCUAGGGGACCGAGCUGAAGUUUCCCAUAUGAAACAGAAAUCGGGCUGGAAUCUCAGCUUGGCAACCGUGCUGAAAUUUCCCAUUUUAACCGCCGCCCGGUUAGCUCAGUUGGAUAAGUACCGGUCUUCCGAGCGGGAGGCGCUGGUUCAAGUCCCGGCCGGACCAACACUCAGGGUCUUUAAAUAACUGAGGAGAAAGUGCUGCCUUUGUAAAGACAUCUGCAAACAGUUAGACUUUCUAGUCUUCUCGGAUAAGGACGACAAACCGUAUGCCCCGUCUCACAGCCCUUGCAUAUAUAAAUUCUGUGGGACGUUAAAGAACCCACACACUGUUCGUAAAGAGUAGGGGACGUAGUCCCCGGUGUGUUGGUCUCUCUCUCAUGGGGGGAGGGACUGUUAGGGGCCCGCAGUAAUUGGCGUCAUGCUGUUGCGGUGAUCCUGCCAAUAAUUGGCGAAUCUAAUAAAAUAAAAUAAAAUAAAUGAAAGCAAAACGUAUCCCUGUUACCGGGUUAGUCCAUUUACUUGCUAAUUCCUUUGAAGAGGUCAUUAUGUCUCCUAUAUGUUUCUACGUCAAUUUAUUACUAUGCACAGCGGAUUGUAUCAGCACUAUUGUUUCGCAAUAAGCUCUUUGCACCUGCUGGACAGUCACGGGUGCAAAAACUCCGUGCUGGAGAGCAAAAUCGUAGAUUGUCAUGUUUCUGCUAGAGUAGUUAAAGGUUUGAAAUCUCUUGCGACUUAUGUUGAUGCAUCUCCCAAGGCGUUCUCUGCUCGGUUAAAUCUGGACUUCACCGUGAGCUGUGACGUCACCUGAGAGAGACUCGCCGUCCUUUCCCCGAUAACAGAGCGAGAGAGAACGCCCAGGGACUUAGGCUGCAUCUUUGUUUCAUUUCUCGCCAAAACGUGGCCGAUAGAUAAUAGAGAGUCUGCUUGUAUUUUAACAGUCUGGAUAUUGUAUUGACCUAGGUGUAGCGAUGAAGUUGCAAUAGGGAAGAAGAUGAUCUACGCCAGCUCGAAAGAUGCCUUGAAGAAGCGCUUCACGGGGCUCAAUACAGAGUUUCAGUGCACUGACUCUGCAGAAUUUCAGCAUUCAGAGCUGGUCAAAGACCUGAUCCAUAAAGACAGAGUUUAACAAGAGAUUCCUAAUCUGCCAGUGCAAUAACCAACUUACUUUCAAAAGAGGUCAUUUUGACAGACUGCAGGUGUGUUCGCUUUCAUUAAAAGAAAAAUCCUCUUGUUGAAUUUGGAACUUCAAGGCAUGCUUUGUUGGUCAAGUUUCGUCACUAGUUUACUUAUUCCUUUGUCCUUUCUGUUUGUAAGACGAAGAGUGGUUUAUCUCUGUAUGUAUCAACCGCCAUCUUAAUUCAUAAUCCAACAAGAGAAUAAACCAAC